CGGAGCCUGGGCUUUCUGGCAGCUCCUGAGCUGGGCAGCAGAGCCCGGCUGGGCUGGCACUCACCCACCACCCCCCUUCCCUGCUAUGAUGGGCCCGUCAGUAGCAGGUUCAGACCCCAGGGGCAUGUAGGCAGAGCUGGCGACGGCCAGGUGCGCAGAGCCACAGGCGCUCCGGGGCAGCCCUGCCUGCAGCGCUCUCUGAUGCCUGGGGAAAUGCCCAACUGACGGGCGCGCCGGUGAGGACCGGGACGUUCCCUUUUGGCUCAAGUCUGUUGCAUCCAUGGCACUGCCGGCCAGACUGGUGCCCCUGUGCUGCUUGGCACUGCUGGCGCUACCAGCCCAGAGUUGCGGUCCCGGCCGGGGGCCGGUGGGCCGGCGCCGCUAUGUGCGCAAGCAGCUGGUGCCGCUGCUCUACAAGCAAUUUGUGCCCAACAUGCCCGAGCGGACCCUGGGCGCCAGUGGGCCAGCUGAGGGGAGGGUGGCAAGGGGCUCUGAGCGCUUCCGGGACCUGGUGCCCAACUACAACCCCGACAUCAUCUUCAAGGAUGAGGAGAACAGUGGUGCAGACCGCCUGAUGACAGAGCGCUGCAAGGAGCGAGUGAACGCGCUGGCCAUCGCCGUGAUGAACAUGUGGCCCGGGGUGCGCCUGCGGGUGACCGAGGGCUGGGACGAGGACGGCCACCACGCGCAGGACUCGCUACACUACGAGGGCCGCGCCCUGGACAUCACCACGUCCGACCGUGACCGCAACAAGUACGGGCUGCUGGCGCGCCUGGCGGUAGAGGCCGGUUUCGACUGGGUCUACUACGAGUCCCGCAACCACGUCCACGUGUCGGUCAAAGCCGAUAACUCGCUGGCGGUGCGGGCCGGCGGCUGCUUCCCGGGCAACGCCACGGUGCGCCUGCGGAGCGGCGAGCGCAAGGGGCUGCGGGAGCUGCACGGCGGCGACUGGGUGCUGGCGGCCGACGCGGCGGGCCGGGUGGUGCCCACGCCCGUGCUGCUGUUCCUGGACCGCGACCUGCAGCGCCGCGCGUCCUUCGUGGCCGUGGAGACCGAGCGGCCCCCGCGCAAGCUGCUGCUCACGCCCUGGCACCUGGUGUUCGCCGCCCGCGGCCCCGCGCCCGCGCCCGCCGACUUCGCCCCGGUGUUCGCGCGCCGCCUGCGCGCUGGGGACUCGGUGCUGGCGCCCGGCGGGGACGCGCUGCGGCCGGCGCGGGUGGCCCGCGUGGCGCGGGAGGAGGCGGUGGGCGUGUUCGCGCCGCUCACCGCGCACGGGACGCUGCUGGUCAACGAUGUGCUGGCCUCGUGCUACGCGGUGCUGGAGAGCCACCAGUGGGCGCACCGCGCCUUCGCCCCCCUGCGCCUGCUGCACGCGCUGGGGGCGCUGCUCCCGGGCGGCGCCGUGCAGCCCACCGGCAUGCACUGGUACUCGCGCCUCCUCUACCGCCUGGCGGAGGAGCUGCUGGGCUGAGCCCGAGAGGAGGCGCACACCCGGGGUGCUCGGGCAGGACGGGACGGAGGUGGGAGGACAGGAGAGGCGAGGGGGUGCCCGCGUCAGAGCCGCCUGCUAUGAGAGGAGGAGACCCCGGGCCCCUUCAGUCCCUUGCUGCAGCCCCACCCAACUAUUUUAUUUCCUAUUUAUAAAUUGUAAUAUAACGAUGUGCUUGCCCAGCCUGCGGCCGGCGUUAACACUGUCUGACACAGCCAAUCUGACUUUCACCAACAGGUGGGCUAAUAAAGGGAAGGCUUCCUGUCACUUGUUGGGAACUAUGCCUAUGUGGAGGGUGGUCCACCUCCAGAGGAGAAGAGAAAGGGGACCGACCGACCCGACCGACCCCAAGUUAGUAACUCCCUUCCGAUUCCUGCCCUCUUCCCCAUAAGGUCUUUCCACUGCAGGGACACAGGGACAGAAAGCGGCCAGACCCUGGAGCUGGAGGGUUCUUGCAGGACUUUCUCUGUCCACAGCGCCUCAGCUGGGUGCUGAUUCAGUGCCAAGGUCAUUGCUGGUAGUCACAUGAAUAUUUCUGCGUUCCCCGCCCCCCAUAACUAGCCUGCAGUCCUGUUCCUUUUCUCAAGGACUAGUCGCCACUUUUAAAAACAUUUUUUCACAUGUAAGGCCUUUAUUUUAAUUUUAUUUGUUAUUAUUAUUAUUUUUGAUAGAGACAAAAAUUCAAAAGGAAAGGGGAAAAAGAAAGAAACACCAAGAGCACUGCCCCACAUUUCAUGAAGCUUGCCCCUUGCAUGUGGGGACUGGGGACUUGAACUCAGGUCCUUGAAAAUGGUAAUGUGUGCACUCUAGCAGAUGAACCACUACUCAGCACCGCCCCCACCCCAACCCCAGUCUCCAUUAUUUUAUCCUGGUGUUCUUGUUAGGAUAAGAGUUGAU